AUGGGAUCGCAGUGGUAUAUCGAGAACACAAAUGUCGGGAACAAAGAGGUUGCGGAGGACUGGCGAAUUCGGGGUUACAACCCUCUCACCCCGCCAAAUCUCCUGCAGCACGAAAUCCCACAGACGCCAGCAUCCAAGCAGGGAGUCAUAAGGUCGCGUCAGGAAGCGGCCAACGUUGUCAAUGGCACAGACCCCCUCAAUCGGCUCAUGGUCAUCAUCGGGCCAUGCUCCAUCCAUGACCCGGAGGCCGCCAUGGACUAUUGCCACCGCCUCUUGAAAAUGAAGGAGAAGUACAAGGGCGAACUUCUCAUCAUCAUGCGCUCGUACCUCGAAAAGCCCCGCACAACUGUCGGCUGGAAAGGUCUUAUCAAUGACCCAGACAUCGAUAACUCAUUCCAAAUCAACAAGGGCCUGCGUGUCUCGCGGCAGCUGUUCGUCGAUCUGACUGAUAAGGGCAUGCCAAUCGCCAGCGAAAUGCUCGAUACCAUUUCUCCCCAGUUCCUCGCUGAUUUGCUCUCUGUUGGCGCCAUUGGGGCGCGCACCACGGAGUCUCAGCUGCACCGUGAGCUGGCUAGCGGGCUUUCCUUCCCUGUUGGCUUCAAAAACGGCACAGAGGGCUCGCUGGACGUUGCUGUUGAUGCCAUUGGAGCUGUCAGACACCCCCACCACUUCCUCUCAGUGACCAAGCCUGGCGUCGUGGCGAUUGUGGGAACCGUGGGCAACGAGGAUUGCUUUGUUAUCUUGCGAGGUGGGAAGAAAGGGACUAAUUACGACGCGGCGAGCAUUGCGGAGGCCAAGGCGAAGUUGACAGAGAAGGGGCUGAAUGCGCGCUUGAUGGUGGAUUGCAGCCACGGAAAUUCAUUGAAGGAUCAUCGCAACCAGCCCAAGGUGGCAGCCGUGCUGGCAGACCAAAUCGCGAGCGGGGAGCAAGCCAUUAUGGGUGUGAUGAUCGAGAGUAACAUUAACGAAGGAAACCAAAAGGUCAGUUCCCAAGGCAAGGCUGGCCUAAAAUACGGCGUCAGCAUCACGGGAUGCCUGCAUCGGCUGGGAAGAUACGGAGAGCGUCUUAGAAAUGCUCGCGAACGCAGUCAAAACAACGAAGGGAGCGUGGCCAGGCAGCAUGAUAACGACGAAGCUCAAAAUGGCGUGUUCGUCGUGUUCGUCCUGAUUUUAGGAGGGCAAAAUAAACCUGGAAUAUUAAAUGGAAUUGGCCGUCAAAUGAGAAGAAGGCAAAUCUUGCCAGUUUCAUUUACAAUCAUCUUCACACGUGAAAAUGUGGGGUUGAUUACGGAAAAUGUCGACGGUCUUUUGGCCAAUCCUCGAGCAAUGGCACCCAAGGCACUAAACAUGCAGGAUAUUGACGUGUCUGCCUGCUUGUCUUCAGCGGAAAUACCUUCAAACAAAACGACUCGUUCGAAAUAA